AGCGCUGCGCACAUCGCACAAGAGUGAACAUCAGCGACUGCCCACCCGUGUCUACAACGGCUUGCGAUUUGUCCCUUUUUAUCAGCACCCAAGUUAGAUCAGUGACAAACGGAGACUGGAGCUAUGGGCGACGUCUACCGGGAGAGCCGGUACCGCGAGUACGAUGACCGCUCAUCGGACGACGAGCAUUACAAAUCUACGACAGUGCGUCGCUACAAGAUCAAACCUAGUCGUGACGAUCGUCAUGAACAUGUAGAGGUCGACGAUGCACGCUCGCGCUUCUCGAGAGACACUCGUAUACGGGACGACUAUUACGACUACGAACGAGAGCGUGAACGUCGCCCCGAGCGGCCCAGGUCCGCAUUCGAGCCACAUGUCGGAGUGGCCUCCCAGUACGACGACCGGAGGAGCACCGUGCUCUAUGACCGUGAUGUGCUGGAGCGGGACUAUGAGGCGCGGAAGGAGGCUGAUCGAGGCAAGAUCACCGUGUACGAGGGCAAGGACAGCGAUUUCGAUGACAGGCGAACAACCUACACGCGACGCGACGAUGGUGUGCGGGUCGAGCGACGAGUCGAGGACCGGUAUGACGACCAUGGUCAUGAGAUCGACCAUUACCGCAAGGAAACCGAGUAUUACACCCGUGCAUCACCACCGCCUUCGCCUGUCAUUAUCCGUGCCCCACCUCGGGAACCGCAGAAGAUCUAUGUCGAAGAGGCUCCCGCGCCACCGCCUGUCGUUAUCCCACGCCAGUCGAACCCUGGUGUCAUGGUGGUCAGGGAGAAGGAGCGCGAUCGCGAAGUGGCGCGUCGAGAGAGGCCCGAAGAGGACUAUUACUAUCGUCACACGCGACACGAAAUCGGGCCCUAUGAUCGGGACCGUGACCGUGAUUGGGGCAUGGCGAGAUACGACCGUCAUCGCCGCGACCACGAUUAUUCCGGUAGCGAUGAUGACUACUACGUACAUCGGCGACGGGUGGUGCGGCGCGAACGCAGUGAAAGCCCGGAGAACCACAAGCGCUCGCUGGCAGCCGGUGCCUUGGCUGGUGCUGGCAUCACCGCGUUAAUGAACAGCCGUCGCGAUGAAUAUGGCGACUUGCCAGACCACCGUGGGCGCAAGGUCAUUGCGGGAAGCGCCCUGGGAGCACUGGGUACCGAAGCGUUGCGUCGGGCUCACAGUGCGUACGAGGACCGCCACCGCGAUCGCGAUGAUUCUCCAGAUGACCACUCUCGGCUCAAAAAGGGCCUCGGCAUAGCCGCCGUCGCGUUGGCCGCGGCGGGUGCUGCCAAGUACUAUCAGUCGAACAAGGUGGACAAGGAGGAGGCUUCCCGAGGACGCAGUCGUGGCCGUCGUCGUUCAACGGGCGGCCGGGUGUAUUCUAGCUCGCGGUCGAGCAGUGCCAAGAGCCGGGGACGUAGCCUAUCCACAGCCGCGAAAGCUGCCCUCGGCACUGCGGCGACCGCUGGUAUCGUCCAGCACUUCCGUGACAAGUCCAAGGGCAGGUCGCGCAGCCGCAGCAAGUCCAAGAUCCGACGCGCGGCCGAGAUUGGUGGCGCUGCGGCCGCGGCUGGCGUGGCCACGAAGAUGUGGAAGAACCACAAGGACAAGAAAGAGAGGUCGCGCUCAGCAUCGCGGGCGUACAGCGACGACGACCGCGACUACGUGCGCGGACGGGGACGGUCUGUUGACAGUCGUCGCAGCCGCAGCCGCAGCCGCAGCAGAUCACAGGCUAGCAGAUCCAUUCGCCGUUCCGACACUGGGACUGAUCCCCAAUUAGGGCUUGUAGAAUACGGAAACGACCCCCUAGGACCCGAGCGAGGCUACGAGAGCGAAGCAGAGGAAAGAAGGCGGAGGAGGAGGAGGAGGCGUCGUGGCCGGUCCGUAUCGUCGGACGGAUCAUCGGAUAGAGAGAGGAGCAAGAGCCGUCUUAGAGACAUUGCGUCGGCUGGAGCUGCAGCUUUCGGUAUUAAAGAGUACAAGGACCGCAAGGACGCGGAGAAGAGAGAGCAAAGGGAGAGACGAUCUCGUGAGAGAAGGGAACGUGACGUGGAUGAAAGAGAUCGCUCGAGAUCUGCCCCACCAUCGAGGGAUCACUCAAGGAGACGCCGAGCUCGUGACGACCCGGAUGGCUUUUUUGACGACCGCCCUGUACGGGGAGGGUCACCGCCCGUCACAUCAGGGGGAGCAUACUACCCGCCCUACCCACAGACUCCCGGCGCGGCGGGUGGACCAGCCGGCUAUCCACCAUAUCCAGCGGCAGAGUCGUCCACCUACAUCCCUCAAGACUACACCGGCUACCCGCCCCCUCCAGCCCCGGGGCCGCCCCCAGCAGGAGGACCUCACCCUGCGGCGGGAUUCAUGCCGCCAGGCCCACCAGCCCCAGGGCCACCACCCGGCCCUCCUGGGAGUAACUACCCCCCAGACCAUGUGAGUGAUGAGAUCCAACGCUCACGAGACACUGCGGAGGAUGGUGUAAAUGAACAUCGAGGGCGAGAGCGAUCCAAGUCUGUGUCAUUCAUCCCGCUAUCGCCGCGAAGCUCCAUGACCAUGGAGAGACACAAGAAGGAGCAUGAAGAGCACGAGCAAGCUACCGCCAAGCAUGCCCUUCCAUCGGCCAUUGAUAAUGCGGAGGACGACAGCGACUCUUCAGAGUCAGUAGAAGAGCUACCGGAUCGCUUCCACAGGAACGGCCAGCCCAUUUCGACGCGGAGCCAGACCUUUCCCCAGGCGCCAUUCACGACGCGGAGCGGCGAAUUCGAGCGAAGACCGCAGCGGCCCGGGGAUUGGGACGUCCGAGGGUCGUGGCAAGUUGGCGGCACUGACCCUGUGGUGGUGGAGCGGAUGGUGCGGAGUUUCACGGAUGCGUUGGAUGGAAGGAGAGGCUGGAUGGGCGUCUUGGGUGAUGUCCUGGGGAGUGGGUUGCUGACUGGGCCCGAGGAGGCUUUGGCAUCGCUGUCAGGAGACGGAGGAGGACAUGAUAAUCGCGGACGACACAGGAGGAGAUGAUUUACGAACUGUAACGAGUCACGUUUUUGGAUUGUUGGGGUCUAUUUACAUAGGGAGUUGAUAAUGUGUUUAUGAAUUACGAGAUUUGAGAUGUUAUUAGUACGCGGACUGUGACUUGGGUAGCUCGGAAGUCAAAUAAUGCAAUGCUCUCGUGCCAUUGGGAGGACAUCUUGCUGAGGUAUUAGUGCUGAACCUUGUCGAUGAAUUGGAUUUAUGGAUUGUCAAUGAAACGAGUAAAAUUGUAAUAAGCUUUGUAGUAGUGAACCACACAUAAUUAGUC